AUGAUCUUUGAUGCCCUGUUCGGAGGUGCUUUGACCAUACUCGUUGAGCAAACGAACAUAUACGCCAAAGAAACCAAAAAGAAAGCUUGGCAGGAUACCACAGUUGAAGAAAUGAAAGGAUUCCUAGCAAUUCUCAUCAGAAUGGGCAUUCUUCAACUUCAAAACAGACGGGACUACUGGUCCACGGACAGCGACCUUGGAGUGGCAUCAGUUAACUCAGUGAUGCCAAGAGCACGAUUUUUUCAGCUUCUUCGAUCACUGCAUGCCAACGACAACAAGACAGCGACUAGAAAAGGAGACGUCCGCCAUGACCCUUUGCACAAACUUCGACCUCUUAUCACAGAGCUCUCCGAAACAUUCAGAGCUAGCUACCAGCCAUCUGCAUACCACUCAAUUGAUGAGAGUAUGAUUCUGUUCAAAGGAAGGAAGUCAUUCAAACAUUACAUGCCCAUGAAGCCUAUCAAACGUGGGUUCAAAGUAUGGGUGCGUGCUGAUGCUACAACUGGCUUUAUUAGCCAGUUCGAAGUCUACACGGGCAAAGAGGGCGAUGGCGGUGGGCUCGGCUACAGGGAUCUGUUUGACCACGGGAUAUAUGCCGUGGGAACUGUCCGUGCACAAAGAAAAGGUCUUCCUGAUGUUGUGAAGAACAAAAAGAAAAUCAAUGAAGGCGACCACAACUACAAGGUGAAGGGAAAUGUUGCUGCGAUCCAGUGGCAAGACAAGCGGCUAGUCAAUGUAGUAACAACAGCCCACGAUCCUUCAGAGACGGUAACAGUGGAAAAGAAAAAUAAGGACGCGUCAAAGAGAAGCAUCAAGUGUCCACUAGCAAUUGUGCAGUACACGAAGCACAUGCGGAGAGUAGACCGCUUUGAUCAGCUGCGAGUGUAUCACACCGUUACUCGUAAGUCAAGAAAAUGGUGGAUGCGAAUCUUCUACUUUCUUCUGGACUGUGCUCUUGUGAAUAGCUUCAUCCUUUACCAGCUGUAA